GCUCUAUCGUGGCCAACCAGCCCAACGGUUGUGUAUCGCGUGAAGGUGGCUGUGGAUGCCCAACGUUCGAGAGUCGUCCGUCGGCCAACGUCAGGUACCGAGUGAGGCAAAUCGUAGCUCGCGAAUAGCGUUUGUCGUUUCGCGUAAAUUUCCCGUUGUCGCGUCAUAAUAAAUUGCGCAUCGCGCAUAUCGAAAGUGUCGUGCAAGCGCAAGAUGCUGCGCGAUCUUAAUAUCAAAGGUAUGUUAGAAGGCGGACAUAAUAAUCGUCCGGAGACGCGCGUGUGUUAAUAACCACUGCGACCAAGCAGUUAAGAGGUUAUGUUACACCGCGCGGCGCGACGUGAAGGCGAUCCCUUGGUGCUCGAGAUUCGUCUCGUCGUUUGUCGUGUUAAUUUCCCCGAUAGCGUCGCGGGUAACGGGUGACGCGGAUAAUGUUUUCGUCGUUUUGCGUUAACUUCUCGUUGUCGUAAUCUAAUGAACUGCGCGUUGUGUAUGGAAAUGCCGUCCAGGCUGUCGCGCGAUUGUCGUAUCGAGGUGAUUAUUGCUGAUCAUAAGUAGUAGUGUUUUCUUAAAUGAGUGCUUGUGCCAUAAAAAAGGAACAAGAGAGGAGGAGGAGGACCUGGGAGGCAUCGUGCAACGGCGGAGCAACUACGAGGUUAACGUUGAAAACUCCGCUGUUCGCACUGUGUGUUGAUUUAAAAAGCUUCGCUCUCCGUUUCUUACACCUGAGAACCGCUGCCCUCCAGAUUGCUGCGACAUAUGCUGGAAAUUUGUUCGGCGGGAAUUUACGAGCGAGUUUCCGUGUCAGAGCCAAUACCUGGGCUCUGUUGGUAAAAUGACGAACCGAAACUCGCAUCUUACGUAGGAAGAAGAAGGACUGUAACUUUUAAUUCGUCUGCCAAGUUUCCUCGGCCGCAAGCUCAACGGCCGUGGCUUGUUUAGCUUUCGCGGAGACCAGGGCGAGAUAAAUAAGAAGACGAAGUGUCGGCGAGAGAGGAAAAAGAAAAGAAAGCAGGGGAUGGUAGAGGAGAACUGUGUAGAGAAGGAAGGGGACAGCAAGUGCCCCCUUUGUAGUCGGUGGGUGAUAAUUUUUAAUCAGUGCGUCGUAGCUCUGCCAUGAAGGAACCCGCUCCUUUGUGCUCCUUUCGCGAGGAACCAAGCAUGAAAGGGAAGAUAUUGACCGAGGAUCGCAAGGCGGAAGGACAAUAGUUUCGGGAUAAUUGGAAGAGGUUGGGGGUUCUGGAUCGGCGAGCACAUAAUCGCGUAACCCUGAUUUUCAAUAGGAUCUUUUUGCGCGGGUCCAGGGACCGUUCUUCUUUCGCCGCAUUAUCGGCAGCAGAAGAUUGUAUCAUAAUGAAGAAGUGUUUCUUUUAAAUGCAUUCAUGUUCGUCCCGGCGUAUAUCGUAACAAGAAUAACUUUUAUAAAUUUUGUUUAAAAUUCUGUUUGCGUUCAAGUUAAUUUUUUUUUUCAUUUCUCGACUAAUUACUCAUGAUAAAAUUCGCGCUUAGAUUUACAGGAUUAUUAUAUUACAAUAUUAUGUCCUGCGUGAUCGAAGAGUCGAAAUCAAACUUUCUCAAAGGGUAAAAAAUACAGUCUUUCAACGACCGUUGUCAUAUAGGCUCCAAACGUUCAAAAAUUCUUAGAACUAUGAAAAUAUG